UAGUUCCCCAACCAGGGAUCGAGCCCGCGUCCCCUGCACUGGAAGGUGGAUUCUCAACCACUGGACCACCAGGAAAGUCCCUGGAGCAUCAUUUUCAUAUGCUGCUAAGAAAUUUAAAACAUGAUAUUAAAAUUAACAAGAACGGAGUUCUCUGGUGGCCUAGUGGUUAGGAUUCGGCACUGUCAUUGCUGCGGCCCGGGUUUGAUCCCUGGUCGGGGAACUGAGAUCCCAGAAGCCACAGGGUGUGGUCAAAAAAAAAAAAAAAAUCAAUAAAAUUAACAAGGAGAGGUUAUUAAGAUAAAAGAACAGGAUUAGUAAUAGCUUAUGUUUAUCAAGCAUUUAGCCAUGUCCUUGCUGGGUGUUUUCUAUUUAGCAGCAGUAAUAAUAAUAAUAAUAAUAAAGGCAGAUAUUCACAUGACACCACAUUCCAAGGACUGUUCUUAUAUGCCUUAUAUAUACUGAUUCAUAAUCCCUACAACACCCUAUGAGAUAGGUGCCAUUAAUAGCCUCUAUAUUUUAUGAGGAAACUAAGCCUGGAGAGGUUCAGUAAUGUGGUUGUGAUUACAGUCAGUUAGUGGCAGAGCUGGGAUUUGAACCCAAGUAUUCUAGCUCCAGGGUCUGUGUUCUCAACUUCUAUAAGAUUCAGCCUCUACCUGAACCUGAAGCCUCCAACAAUCCAGGGAGGUCAGUUCUAUUAUUAUUCCCCUUUUACAGAUGAGGAAACUGAGGCUUUGAGAGGUAAAACAAGUGGCCCAAGGCUCUCUGGGAACCAGGCGUGUUUGACCUAGUACCUGUGUUUCAUGCCAUUAUGGAGUCUGAGUCAUGUGAUUUAUUUAGAGGUUUCUUAAGAAAUUCCAUGCUUGUAGCUUCCAGCUGUGCUUCCAGGUCCUUGGGGUUUCUCAGAGGCGUCUGCAGCUCUGUGGGGUGGGAAGCAUCUGAAUCCUCUUCCUUCUCUGCCAGGCCCACCUGGGACCCCCUGAUGCUCUCUCAGCCCCUCUGUUGUCCCCUCUCCACAGGGCAGCACAGACUAUUUCUUGAGCAGCGGCGACAAGAUUCGGUUCUUCUUUGAGAAAGGCGUCUUUGAUGAGAAAGGUUUGGAACUGGGGCCCUAGAGGCGGGGGUGGCUGGACUCCAGUCCUUCCAGCCUGAUCUGUCCCUUGUGCCACAGGAAAUUUCCUGUUCCCUCCGGAGAAAUCCAUCAACAAAAUUGGCCAUGCUCUGCACGCCCAUGACCCUGUCUUCAGGUGUGUCACACACUCCCCCAAGGUGCAGGCUUUGGCCAGAAGUCUGGGCCUCCGGAUGCCCGUGGUGGUGCAGAGCAUGUAUAUCUUUAAGUCUCCCCUCACCAGGACGCCUCCUUCCUGUAUACGGAGCCUCUGGGCCGGGUGCUGGGCAUGUGGAUUGCUCUGGAAGAUGCCACGCUGGAGAAUGGCUGCCUCUGGUUCAUCCCUGGCUCCCACACAGGUGAGGCCACCUGCCUCUCCCUGCCCACUCGUCCCCACCCCCCACAGGGGAGGGACCCCGAAUAAAGAGAGGCUUAAGUCCCCACCUCGGCCCGCAGGUGGAGUGUCGAGAAGGAUGGUCCGGGCCCCUGCUGGCUCGGCGCCUGGCACCAGCUUCCUUGGGACCGAGCCAGCCCGGGAUAACAGGCUCUUUGUGCCCACACCGGUGCGGAGAGGGGCCCUUGUCCUAAUCCACGGAGAAGUGGUGCACAAAAGUGAGCAGAAUUUCUCCGACUGCUCACGCCAGGCCUAUACUUUCCACCUCAUGGAGGCUGCUGGCACGGUCUGGAGCCCAGAUAACUGGCCCUCUGAGGGCAGGGACGCCACCCCCUCUCGGGAGAAGCUGUGGGCCACCAACGCCAGCGCCUCAACCCACCGCCCAGCUGCAACGGGGAAUUCGCAUCUCUCCUCCAGGGCUUUCCUUCUGCUGGUGUUUGUGCAGACAGGCAGGCAGGAGCAGAAGGCUGGGCUGGGUGCCUUCCCCGAGAUCUGUCUCUGUCUGUCCCGACCCCAACACAACCUCCCCCUAGAGGCAGCCUCACGGCCAUGAAAGGGUUCUGGCUGCCUCUCUGCCGGCUUCUCACUUGUCGUCUCCCCUCUCACAUGGAACUCUUGGUCAUUACGGUGGGAGACACUGAAUAAAAAACACUUCCAAAUGCAGCAUCUUGAUCCUUCUUUCCCAAGCAGCCUUCCUCUCAAGAUGGGAACCCUGCUGAAAAUCAUCGCAGGUAGCCCAGCCCUGCCCG